CUUUCUCUUCCCUCACCAUGCAAUGAAUCAAGAGCAACAGCGGCCACAGGAGCUGAGCAGCAUCAAUCCUGGCCACCGCGAAGACAUAGACGACAACAACGGCGAGGGCUCUAGUGCGGGCGUCACGCGAGCUGAGCGUCCCCUCUACCCUGCGCCUCGCAUCCCCCCACCUCGUAACCUCCAUCCUCCGAUCCAACAAUGCUCCUCCAUCAGCGCCUAUGAGCGUCUCAACCGCAUAGAGGAAGGGUCCUACGGCAUAGUCUAUCGCGCCAGACAUACCUCAAGUGGACGUAUCGUAGCGCUCAAGAAGCUCAAAAUGCAAAAUGAGCGGCAAGGCUUUCCCAUCACCUCACUCCGGGAGAUCCGCACACUCAUGAUGGCCUCGUCCCACCCCAACGUGGUUCGGCUACACGAGAUAGCCGUCGGCGAUACCCUGACACAGAUCUUUCUCGUCUUCGAGUUCGUAGAGCACGACCUCAAGACUUUAUUGAUGGAUAUGGGGCCUGGCCUCUUUUCGCUGUCCGAAAUCAAGAGUCUGCUCAGGCAGCUACUGAGUGGGCUAGGCCAUUUGCAUAGCCAUUGGAUUAUACAUCGCGACUUGAAGAGUAGCAACUUGUUGCUGGAUAAUCGAGGAAGACUGAAGAUUGCGGAUUUUGGGCUGGCGAGGUUGUAUGGGGAGGGCGGGCCCGCAGCAAAGCCAGAGGCUACCUCACGCAACGGUGACCAAGCCAAAAGCAGCAGCAGCAACAGAACCAGAUCGCCGCCACCAGGUGCUCUUACUGACCUAGUCGUCACACUGUGGUAUCGCAGCCCUGAGCUGCUCCUGGGCCAGACGGACUACGAUACUGCCAUCGACGUGUGGUCUGUCGGGUGUAUCAUGGCCGAGCUACUCAAGGGGGAGCCGCUAUUCCAAGGCAAGAAUGAGAGUGAUCAGAUCAUCAAGAUCUUCACAACCCUCGGUCCCCCAACAACGACCAGCUGGCCCGCCGUGAAGGACCUCCCUCUUGCCCCCUCAAUCCUCAAAUCCUUCUCUCGUUCCCCACUCUGCACACCAUCCCUCACUUCUCGCUCCCCGCGCUCCCUCCUCUCCUCCCAUCUCCCCACUUCGGUAGAGCAACACGGCUCCGCCUGUCUUGACCUACUGCUUGGUCUGCUCUGCUACGACCCUUCGCAACGCUUGACUGCUGAGGAAGCCGAGAAGCAUUCUUGGUUCGCAAGGGAGCCACCUAGACCUGCUCAUCCGGAGAGCUUCGGGACUUGGCCUAGUAGGGCUGCUGGAGAGGUCAGGAGGCAGGUGGAUCUGAGGGAAAGAACGCCAAGUGCACCGCCGCCUGGGCCGAGACGGAGGCGAGGUGAGGAUGAGGUGGACGAGAAUGGGUCGAGGAAACGGUCGAGAGAGGGUACGGACAGCUUGAGCGGGCAACGGAAGAGGCAGGAGUAUGAACUCGACUUUGGCUUUUGAGUCUUCAGCUCACUGUGCAGGACUUGGGUUGGUAUUGUGUUAUUGUACAAUGAAAAAGAACGUCCAUUGGCCUCAGCG